AUGCGUUUCUCCAUCGCCACCGUUUUCUCCGCCCUCGUGGCUCUCGCUGCUGCCCACACUCAGCCUGAUUACACCAAGAACCCUACCGGCAAUGCCAUCGUCGCUCCUGGCUUGAACGAGAUCGUGCCCGAGGGAAAGACCUACACCAUCAAGUGGACUCCUACCACCACCGGUCCCAUCUCUCUGGUCCUCCUGCGCGGCCCCUCCACCAACGUUCAGCCCCUCAAGACUCUCGCCGAGUCCAUCCCCAACAGCGGCGAGUUCAAGUGGACUCCUGGCUCUGACCUCGAGGCCGAUGUUACCCACUACGGUCUGCUCCUUGUUGUCGAGGGUACCGGCCAGUACCAGUACUCCACCCAGUUCGGUAUCUCCGCCGCUCCUGGAUCCGAGAAGAGCACCACCAAGGCCACCGAGAGCCAGACUGCCGCUCCUGAGCCUACUUCUGCCUCAUCCACCGUCGUUGAGAGCACCGUGAUCACCACCACCAUCUGCCCUGAGACCGAGUCUGCUUCUGCCACCACCACCUCCAAGGCCACCCCCAGCGGUGUCUCCCCCGUCGGUCCUCCUUCCAGCCGUCCCUGGACCUCCAUCCCUCUCACCACCACCACCGCCGGUCCCACUGGCACUGCCUCCGCUACUCCUUCGACUUCGUCCCCCGCCUUCAACGGCGCUGGUCGCAACGCCAUCAGCGUCGGUGCUGUCAUGGCCGGUGUCGUCGCUGCUUUCGCUCUCUAA